AUGCAGCUCAUCGAGGACAUGCCGCUGGUUGCCAUAAUUGUGCGCAUCUGGAGGUACUUGGGUGUGCUCAAGCCCACUCCGAGUACCAAUUGGCGGAAAUAUUUAUUCGUGUUGCCCGUCUUAUUGAUGAAUUGGAUGCAGCUCGUCUAUGUGCUGCGCAUGUGGGGCGACAUUACGUCAUUCAUUUUGAAUUUGUUCUUCUUCGCAGCCAUUUUCAAUGCCCUGAUGCGCACCUGCCUCGUCAUAAUCAGACACGUCCAUUUCGAGAGCUUUCUGAUGGUGAUGGAAGGCAUAUAUUCGCAAAUUAUGAGAUCGUCCGACACUAGCUGCAAGCAGAUUUUGCUGGCAGUCGAGCAGGAUGCGCGUGGCAUUGCCAUUUUCAACUUAACAGCUUCGUUUUUGGACAUUGUGGGUGCACUCUUCUUUCCACUGUUUAGUGAACAGCGAAUGCAUCCGUUUGGAGUGGCUCUGCCGAUGGUCAACAUGACUAGCACGCCAAUUUAUGAAAUCGUGUAUAUAGUGCAAGUACCGACCCCCUUUGUCCUGACUCUCUUGUACAUGCCCUUCGUUAGUUUGUUUGCUGCCUUUGCGCUCUUUGGAAAAGCUAUGCUACAGAUACUGAACUACAAAUUGGAGCACAUUGCUCACCUGGACACGGAAGAGGAGCGUCUCAGAAUGCUGUUCGCUUGCAUUCGGUUUUAUCACAGUGUUUUUAGAUAUGUGAGGCAACUGAAUGAUCUGGUCACGUUUAUUGUGGGUGUUGAGGCGCUCAUAUUUGGUGUCAUUAUUGCAUUGCUGCUCUUUUGUCUGAAUAUUAUAAGCUCGCCCACCCAGUGUAUUUCUUUAAUGAUGUAUAUUCUCACCAUGUUAUAUGUUCUGUACACGUACUAUAAUCGAGCCCACGACCUUGUUAUCGAGGGCGCCCGUGUUACUCAGAGUAUUUACAAUGUGCCCUGGUAUGAGGGUAGUAUGAGAUUUCGCAAAACUGUGUUGAUCUUUUUGAUGCAAUCCCAAAGCCCUUUGAUGAUAAGACUUGCCAACGUUUACCCCAUGACUUUGGCCAUGUUUCAAUCCCUACUGAAUGCAUCCUAUUCGUACUUCACAAUGCUGCGUGGCGUUACCAACAAAUGA